UGGCAGUUGCUAGGGACGGAAUGUCUCCCUGACAACCGGGGCGACCUGAACGGAGACGAGAGUCCAAAACAAACUUCUCCAAAAAGCGAGAGCAGCUACAGCACACACGAAUUUGUUAUGGCUGAACCAGCAGAAAGCAAGAAGGAGGAGGCCGACUACAAGAGAGUGCACAGCUUCCCCCUCGUCAGGCACACAGACAUGCCAGAGGAGAUGAGAGUGGAGACUAUGGAGCUCUGUGUCACUGCUUGUGAAAAGUACGCCACAAACAAUGAGAACGCCGCUAAGAUGAUCAAAGAGUCCAUGGAUAAGAAGUUCGGCUCUUCGUGGCACGUAGUGAUUGGGGAGGGCUUCGGGUUCGAGGUGACCCACGAGGUAGCAGCAGGAGGAUGGCUGUUUAGUUCACAGUGGAGCAGACGGAAGUCUUGUGGGCCUGCCUGCAGCUAAAUCUGCCUCGGGCGAUGUAAACAAACAGGUAAGCCAACAAAGCCUGGUUUCAAAUUUUGGAAUUGCUAGACUAGAACUUACAAAAGCUGUUAUUCCUUUUAAAGGAAAAAAAAAACAACUUUGCAUUGGAGCCAAUGUUCAAUCGAAUCUCCAAAUCUUUCUCUUGUAAGGAGAGGGGUUUAGGGAGAACUGAUCCAAAUAUCAUCUCUGUCAAUUUCAACUGACUGCACUAAAACAACACAUUGUUAAUGUAAAAAAAAAAAAAAAAAAAAAAAAGUCAUUUUUUUUAUUGGUCCAGACUUGUAUAGAAAAAAACUUUUUUCCAACCUUUUGUUGGAUCGACUCAUAGGGCUAACUUUUAAACUUUCAACACUAUCAGGUGAAAGUGGGUUUGUACAGGUAAGAUUAUCUAGACCAGGGAUAUCCAACCGAUGGCUAAAAGCUUCACAGUAUGUGAUUUUAAGAGGGAGGGGGAAGUAUCCAUGCUAAUUCUGUUCUUGGGGUCCUACGAAAGGCUGCAGAACGAUGUAUAUGCACGUAAACGUUGAUGCAUUGAAGUAUUUUUUUUACAUCUAUUUAUCCAUAACCUAAAAACACUUGAUCAAAAAUAUGAAGUCAAACUGUUUUAAUGAACCUCGUCUCCAUCAUUGUAGUCGACACCAACGAAGACGCUAGCCAAAACGUUUGUCUGUUGACAAACUGGAUUGUAUCAACCGCUAGCUUUUAGGGGGUUUAUAGGUAGUUGAUACAGUCCAUAGCGACACCUCGGUUCUGUAAAAUCUAACUUAAUCUGAGAUCUAAGAUUAUAAAUACUGCCAGAGUUCAUUAGCAGUUCAUUAAGAUGAUUUUGGUUUUGGCAGGGAUAGCCUUAUAAACAGUUAUACACCAGCGUUUCAGUCUUCAUGAUGAUAUGGAAGUCAAGACCAACCAAACUCUAUGAAUCACAAU